UAGCUUCCAUUCACCCUCAUUCAUGCUGAGCGUAGAUUCACGAUCAUCGCCAAGACUCCCUACAGUAGCGAAAAUUAAGGCCCGUAUAAUCUGUUACGCUGCCUCGGUCAUCCGUAUUCCGCCACGCGAUCGCGUUGGGCCUCGAAGUGCAGAAUAACGCCACCAACAGGAGCUACAAUCGCGCUCGUUUGAUUCGCCUUGCACAGCUUGAGUCUGGGUCGAGCAUCAAUGGGAGCCGCCGCGUGCGAGAGUAGAAGGAGAGGAGGGGCGGAGGAGGCGGUGGUGGAGAUGGGGCCGUACAAGGCGGGCACGGUGCGCUGGCAGCAGACACUCAAGGAGCAGAUGCAGGCGUGGCGCGACGACCCGCAAUGGCACGACGAGGCGCCCAACGUCAAGGUGUCGGCCCCCAAGGGCGCGUUCUGCCAGAUCGACUCGGAGGUGACGCUGGCGCUGCCGCCGGACGCGGUGUACAACAUCCUGAUCGACCCGUGCAACCGUCGCGUGUUCAAAAACAUCCGCGCCGUCACGUUCCGCAGGGUGCUCGCCGACGACGGCGACCGGCAGCUCGUCGAGGUGGAACAGUCCGCCGUGGGGCGCUUCCUCGUCUUCUCGGGGUCGUGCGACGUGCGGCUCUUCGUGCGCCAGGACCGACUCAAGCACACGAUGUCGUUCGAGAUCGCCCGACCGGGCUUCAUGCGCCGCUUCGAGGGCUUCUGGCAGGUGGAUCCGCUUCCCGUGCCGUGCUCGCGACACGCGCGCGCCAUGGCCGCCCGGGAGAGCGCGGCUGCAGGUGGAAAGGGCAGAGACAGGGAGGGGGAUGGACGGCUCGGGUGGACAGGCGGAGAGAUGGACAAAGACGGUGACGUGUUCUUCGAUGCCAGUGACGUGUUACCUGGUGAACGUGACGAGGAGGAGUGCUGCGUGGAGUGCCACAUGCGCAUGGCCUCGCGCGUGCGCCUGCAGCAGGUGAUUCAGCUGGCCAUGCCGCCGCCCCCGCCGUUCGACAUGCUGGCGCGCAGCAAGACGGCGCACGAGGCGCGCGACAUGCUGAAGAGCUUCAUGGCGGAGGCGCAGCGCCUGAGGGAGGAGGACGUGCCCGUGGCCGACUAUGACGACGCCCUCCCCGAUACCGCCCCCAUGGCGGCCGUGCCUGCUGGAAAACUGCAGCCGGAGGUGCCUCUGCCUCCCCCUCCGCCUCUUGUGCGGCUGGAUUCUCACGAGGAUGAUGAGGGUUCUUCCUCAGAUGAUGGGGAGGAGGAGAGGAAGCCGGAGGUGGAGCAGAAGAAGCGAGAGGUGGAGGAGAGAGCAGUGGAGGUGGGAGGAGGAGAGGGCGUGGAGCCACGUGAGUUGCAUUUGCAGAGGGACAACGAAUUCUGGGCGGUGAAGAGUGCUGCGUUCCUUCAUAAGGAGGUGCUCAAAAGCUCACUCCCACGCAAAGAGUGCCACUGGGUACCCAUGAGAAAGGGAGUGAAGUGCUAAGGAUAUAGAGGUGCGUGAUAUACAUCGGCUUUGUGCCUAAGACACAUUGCCAAAGGGCAGCCAAACGUUGCCCGCAAGGAGACACUUUGUACAUAAAUUCAUGUUAUACCUUUCAUUGUUUUUUCUUUGUAUGAAUUCGUAAAUAAUGCUGAGCUGGAGAUUUACUGUACAGCCAAAUGUGGCUGACAACUCCGAUG